AUGAAUAGUGACAAACAUUCAAGUCAAAAAGAUGGUUUACAAGGUAAAGAUCGAACAAACAAGCAUGAUGCAUCCAAUAAUGAUAUCAUAAAGAUGUCAAAUGCACUGGAUUCUAUAGCUAAAUUGAUAAUUGCAAGAAGGAAACAAACUGAAACAAUAAAUAAAGACAUAGAAACUGAAUACAAUAAUAGAUUGCACCAUUUAAACACUUUAAUUAAUCUAAUAUUAAAAUUGAACGAGAAUGAUCAAUCAAAUAUCAACACAAUUGUGGAUACAACUAAAUUAGAUGCUUUGUUGAAAGAUAAGAUUGACAUCAUUGAAAAGGAUGGUCAGUCUUUUGCUUUGAUACCUGUAAAGAAAGAAUAUACCACAGGUAAUAAUGUCUAUGAUGAUACCUUAGUGGAUAAGAACAAACCGGAAAAAAAAACUAGAAAAAAGAAGAAGAACAAAAUUCCAUGUUCUUUCUGUAACCAGCCUGGUCAUACAAGAGCACAUUGUGACAAACGACUAUAUAAUAUACAUUAG